AUGUGCCAGCUUUCUUCCCCGCCGGGUGUUGUGGGGCGCCCGUCCUCCGCGGGUGAAGUGUCGUCCUGCGGCGGAGGCCCACUUCGCAUUCCGACGGGGCCGUGCUCAACCUCAGCACGGCGCUCGGCGCUCGCCGGCGAAAGGUCUCGAGUUCGCGGCGGUGACGUCACGCCUAAGCGCGGCGCUGACGUCGCCGCGCUGACCUCAGGCGCGGCCGCGCGCAGAUCCGUUUCUAUUCCUUUGGUAAUUAAUUCCAUUGCUGCUUGUGGUCUGCGGGAUGAAUCAUAGCUUGUAAAUGAGCA